AUGCCUAAUCAUGAUAUUCCGGAAAAUGUUGUCACAAUAUACAAAUACGAAAAGACAAGUGGUGAGGAUUUGCAGUUUGAAAAGGGUGAACGUCUAUCGAUUUUGCAAAGAUUAACAGAUGGUAAUUGGGCACUCGCUAGAAACGAUAAGGGGCAAACAGGUUUAAUUCCUUUGAACUUUGUUGAGUCUGACGUCGACCCGCCAUGGCUUCAUGGGCAAAUAUCUAGAGAGGAGGCAGAAGUGUUGCUGCAAAACGAGCCCCCUGGAAGUUUUCUUGUUCGAGCUUCUGGCCGUUUUGUUGGAGACUACACACUUUCUCUCGUUGGUCCUAAUUCUUCCGAGUCCAAUCAUUACGAAGUAAAAGAGUCUUCAAUACAGCAUUACCAUAUAUACUCUGUUGAUGGCUUGGAUGGUUCAGCAUCCUCAAGAUUCUUCUCCUUGGACAACAAUGAGAUGUUCCCAAGUUUGCGUAAAUUAGUCGAGCAUUACAAGACUGCGGACCGUGGCUUAGCACACUCGCUCACUGAGCCUGUUGUGGAUAUGGAACGCGUGUACAUGCAGCGCAUUCGUGAUCACCACUGGAUUCCACGGGAACACAUUUCUCUUGGACAGAAGCUUGGUCAUGGUGAAUUUGGAGAGGUUCUAAAAGGAAAAAUUGGUGACCGUGAAGUCGCGGUUAAACGAUACAAGGCAUCGGCAAAGCGGCAACUAAUCUACGAAGCUUGCAUUAUGUCGGAGUUGCGACACGAAAACCUGCUGGAGAUGUUAGGAGUGACUGAAGAACCCGAGGAAGACGGGGCUGCGGUUGUGGAUGUUGCGCCCUGCACGACCUUCUGUCUCGUCACGGAGUUCUCUCCUCUCGGCUCCCUUUUGUCCUAUCUGCGCUCCCGCGGUCGUGCUCUCCUCAAACGUGCUACUCUCCUCUCUUUUGCUAUGGAUGUGGCACGCGGUCUGGCCUACAUGGAAACACAUUCGUACCUGCACUGCGACGUGGCGGCUCGUAAUGUGCUCCUCUUUUCCUCUGCCAAUCACCCCCUCUGUCCGGUGGCCAAAUUGGGUGACUUUGGCCUGGCCUUUCGUCUCCCAUCCUCUCCCUCCUCUUCCCCCUCCACCUACCCUGUCACUAGGGCAGCUGACUUUGAUGAUGCCGAGCGCUGCACCCCACCCAUCACAGGCAUACAGCGGAUGGCAAUAAUCACCCGAAUUCCUAUCAAAUGGACUGCGCCUGAGAGUAUUCGAACUAGAACAUUUACACACAAGUCGGAUGUCUGGAGUUUCGGUGUGAUGUUGUGGGAAUUGUACUCCUAUGGGCGCCUUCCCUAUCCCCGUUUAAUGACAAAUCAGGUGUUGGCGCACCUCGAGGCAGGUGAGCGAAUGGAAGCGCCACAGGACUGUCCAAAUAAGAUCUAUAAUCUCAUGCUGGAAACGUGGGCCCGUGAGCCUUGUGACCGCCCUUCCUUCGUCCAGAUUCUUCAUCGGCUUCAGCGCGAGUCUCUGUAA